AAUGGUGUUGCUGUUCCUCUUUGUUUAAUUUUCGUUUUUUUCUCUUUUCUAUAUUUUGUUGUCUUUUUGAAGAUGAUGAUAUCAUAGGGAGUUGAAUUUGAUCCAAGGAAGAGAAAUAUAGAAAGGGAGAGAGAUGGGUUCUUGUUUGUCAAGACCUGAAGGAAAGUUAAGGUCGUCUAAGAAGAACAGCAAGAAGAAGAAGAAUCGUAAAAGGAAGAAAAGCUUCGAGAAAAGGGUGCCUAAUGGGCUACCCGACCCGUCUUUCGAUGACUUUUGUAGCUCAGAUGCUCUUCCUGAUCAUCACUCUUCCUUCUCAAACCCGACUUUUCAAGGGAGUGAGGAGCUGUGGUUUGAUCCAGUUGCAGUAUUUGAAUCCGACUGUGACGAGGACUUUCAAAGUGUUCAGGAGGAUGUGUUAUCUUUAAAUGGUCUUGAAGGUGCAUCUGUAUCCAGUAUUUCAUCUUUAAUGGAUUCUAAUUGCAGAGACCAUUCUUCUUUAGUUCAUAUGAAUAAACCGGGGGACGGAUCAGAUGGAAAUUCUGCAUGCAAUGCUGUGUGUGAGGCCACAAUAAAUACCAAUGCUCAGGUCUUCAAAUCGGAGGAUGGUGAUCCCCUAAUGAAAUCCGAUGGGCAUUCAAAUGAAGCAAAGGAACCCGUAUUCGUUGACGAUAUUGCCUCUGUGGAUGAAGGUCCUGGGAAGGGGGAAGGAUUGUUGGAUAAUUGUGGCAUUCUUCCAAGCAAUUGUUUACCUUGUCUUGCAUCCACUGUUCCACCAGUUGAAAAGAGAAGAUCACUCAUCUCUAGCCCGCCUAGUGCGAGAAAAAAGCCCGCCUUAAAACUUCCAUUUAAGUGGAAAGAUGAGCAUCCCAGCACCACAUUAUUUUCUUCAAAGAUGCUUCUUCAGAGACCGAAAGCAGGUUCUCAGGUACCUUUUUGCCCCAUAGAAAAGAAAAUGUUUGAUUGUUGGUCACAUAUCGAUCCUGGUACUUUCAAGGUUCGAGGAGAAAAUUAUUUUAGGGAUAAGAAGAAGGAUUUUGCACCUAACCAUGCUGCAUAUUAUCCUUUCGGAGUUGAUGUAUUCCUAUCCCCACGAAAAAUAGAUCACAUAGCUAGAUUUGUUGAACUCCCAAUUAUUAUCCAUUCCGAGAAACUACCUUCUAUCCUUGUCGUAAAUGUUCAGAUUCCCUUGUAUCCUGCUGCACUUUUUCAGAGUGAAACCGAUGGUGAAGGGAUGAGUUUUGUUCUUUAUUUUAAGCUUUCUGACAGUUAUUCGAAGGAGCUUCCACUUCACUUUCAAGAAAACUUAAGGAGGUUGAUUGAUGACGAAGUUGAAAAGGUUAAAGGAUUCCCUGUAGAUACAAUUGUGCCAUUUCGAGAAAGGUUGAAAAUACUAGGCCGUGUUGCAAAUGUCGAAGAUCUUCACAUGGGUGCUGCAGAGAGGAAACUUAUGCAGGCAUACAAUGAAAAGCCUUUUCUUUCACGUCCUCAGCAUGAGUUCUACUUGGGAGAAAACUAUCUCGAGAUCGAUAUAGAUAUGCACAGAUUCAGUUACAUCUCUAGGAAAGGCUUUGAUGCAUUCCUAGAUAGGCUAAAGCUUUGCAUCUUAGACGUUGGCCUAACGAUUCAGGGAAACCGAACUGAAGAGUUGCCUGAACAGAUCUUAUGUUGUUUACGCUUGAGUGGAAUCGACUAUAUGAACUACCACCAACUGGGUUUGAUGCAAGAGCCUUGUCCUAAUUUCUGAGCUUGAAGACGGCAAUUGGACUUCUUCAUCCGCUCAUCUUCCUAUUCGGACAUUAAGAGCUUUGGUUGAAACUCGUCCGCUCCGAUGGCAUUUUUUGUCAUGAUAUUUACAAAUAUAAUCAUGAAUUUAUUUUUGGAAAAGAAAAUAGACCUUCGAGAUCGGUAUACUUCUAUACUGCUGUCAUUUUUAAUGCUUAGGAUCUAUUCAUGGGGUCUUAUACACUGAUAGAAUCCUUUUUUUUUUGA